UGUAAUGAUUGUCACAAAGUCUUCAGUAACACUACAACCAUUGCAAAUCACUGGAGAAUCCAUAAUGGAGAGAGAUCUUACAAGUGUAAUAAAUGUGGCAGAUUUUUCAGACAUCGUUCAAACCUUGCAGUUCAUCAGCGAACUCAUACUGGAGAGAAACCUUACAAAUGUGAUGAUUGUGGCGAGGUCUUCAGUCAAGCUUCAUCUUAUGCUAAACAUAGGAGAAUUCAUACAGGAGAGAAACCUCACAGGUGUGAUGAUUGUGGCAAAGCCUUUACUUCACAUUCACACCUCAUUAGACAUCAGAGAAUCCAUAUUGGACAGAAAUCUUACAAAUGUCAUAAGCAUAGCAAGGUCUUCAGUCAGAAGUCACUCCUUGCGGAACAGCAGAAAAUUCAUUUUUGAGAUACUUAUUCCAAAUGCAAUGAGUAUAGCAAACCAUCAAGCAUUAAUUGACAUUAGAGUCAAUUCAGCAUUGACUUGAGUUUGAGUUGACUUGACAUUGAGUUCAAGCAUUAAUUGACAUUAAAGUGUUUAUGUUAAGAGGAUUGGGCUGGGCAGGGUGGCUCAUGCCUGUAAUCCCAGCACUUUGGGAGGUCAAGACGGAUAGAUCACUUGAGAUCAGGAGUUUGAGACCAGCCUGGCCAACAGACGUGAGCCACUUUUCCCAGCCUGUUUUUUGUUUCUUUAUCAAAAAUGGAUAGGGAUUUUUAUGGGUAUUGUGUUGAAUCUAAA